ACUUCAAUCAUUUUUCGUCCUUGAUCUUUCAACAAAACACAAGUUCAGACAAAAACCAUACCUAAAACAGCCGGCACAUAGCACGUUUCCGAGCUAGCUCAGCUCCCACAAGAUGAUACUCAUCCGACAGAUUCUUAAACUUCUCCAUUAAUGGCAAAAUCUUAUAAGCUCGCCCCGCUCUUCCUCCUCUCCGUCGCCCUCACUUCCCUCGCAUCCUCUUCCGCAUCAAGUUUCCACCGCCGGCUUCCAGAACUGAAGGCUCAGGUUGAAGUCCAAGAAGAACUGCAGCAGCCGUUUGUGGGAGUAAAUAUAGGCACAGAUGUUUCGAAUUUCAUGUCUCCGCCGGAUUUGGUGGCAUUUCUGCACUUGCAGAAGAUAACCCACGUCCGUUUAUACGAUGCUAACCCUGACAUUCUCAAGGCACUUUCCAAGACCAAGAUUAGGGUUAUUGUAAGUGUCCCCAACAAUCAGCUUCUCGCCAUAGGUUCCUCCAAUUCCACAGCUUCUGCUUGGAUUGCUCGCAAUGUGGCCGCUUAUUACCCACAAACCCUAAUCACAGCCAUUGCAGUUGGAGAUGAAGUGUUCACCACUGUCCCCAGCUCAUCUCCCAUGCUCAUGCCUGCAAUCGAGUCGCUCUAUGCCGCGUUGGUGGCUUCCGGUUUGGAUAAACAGAUCAAGAUUUCGACCCCGAGUUCGGCUUCCAUUGUCUUAGACCCGUUUCCUCCUUCCCAGGCCUUUUUCAAUCAAACCCUAACCUCAGUUAUCUCUCCAUUGCUGCAGUUUCUGUCUAGGACCCAGUCUCCUUUGAUGAUGAAUUUGUACCCUUACUAUGUGUUUAUGCAGAACAAUGGGGUUGUCCUUCUGGAGGAUUCACUCUUCAAGCCGUUAAGCCCCUCCAAGGAAAUGGUGGACCCCAACACUUUGCUUCACUACACGAAUGUGUUUGAUGCAAUGAUAGAUUCUGUGUAUUACUCUAUGAGGAAUCUGAAUGUUACAGAUGUGGUGGUUCUUGUCACUGAGACCGGGUGGCCUUCAAAGGGGGAUUCUAAAGAGCCAUAUGCCACAAUCAACAAUGCUGACACUUAUAAUUCAAAUUUGAUCAAGCACGUUUUUGAUCGUACAGGGACACCUCUCCAUCCAGAAGUUACUUCUGAUGUGUAUAUAUAUGAGCUGUUUAAUGAGGAUUUGAGAUCUCCUCCAGUUUCUGAGGCUAACUGGGGUUUGUUUCAUGGGAAUUCGUCGCCUGCUUACUUGCUUCAUAUGUCUGGAAGUGGUUCAUUCUUGGCUAGUGACACGACAAAUAAAACGUAUUGUGUGGCCAUGGAUGGGAUUGAUAAGUGGACUUUGCAGGCUGCAUUAGAUUGGGCUUGUGGACCUGGGAAGGCUAAUUGUUCAGAAAUCCAGCCCGGGGAGAGCUGUUAUCGGCCCAAUGGAGUUAAGAACCAUGCGUCUUAUGCGUUUGAUAGCUAUUACCAGAGACAAGGGAAAGAUGCUGGUUCUUGUGACUUCAAAGGUGCAGCAACUGUUACCACCACUGAUCCAAGUCAUGGGAGUUGUGUGUUUCCUGGAAGUAAGAAUGAAAGCAAAAAUGGAACACAUAUGAUAGUGAACGCAACAGAAACAAGUGGUGCAUGCACAAUGAGGUUCACCCAAACAAAUUCAUACACCUUGCUCAUUCUCUGGAGUGCUGUCUUCUGUUCUAUGUCUUUUUCAUUUCGCCUGUGACCAAAAUUUUUCAGUUUGCAGAUAGAUGCUUUUGUUUACUUAGAUGAGGCCAUUCGUAAAAAUCUUGUAUUUAUUGAAAUUCUUGGAAAAGUCGAAGACAGCAAGAAGCAGAAGAAAGUUGGAAGGUGAGACUCAAGAGAUCAGACAUGAACGCAGUUGGUUUCAAUUCUUACCCUUCUGAUUUUUAUGCUUUCUUCCAUUCACAUGUUAUUCAGGGGGAAGUUGAUAUGAAUAAACUACCACCAUUUUGGCAAUGAGGCUGAUACUUUGUUGUAUAUCAGUUGUAAAAAUCACAAUUACUAAUUUAUGAUAAUUUUGUGUUUGUGUUGCUCCUUUAUAACAAUAUUUAUAUUAGUU